UCUUGAAGGUCAAAAGACCACUGGACAUUACCACAAUGACAGCCCUUGCUGUCCCUGCCCGCCAGACCAGGAGCCAGUGGACCUGAAACUUUGGUUUGGGCAUGUAUCCAUCUGUGAAGCGUCCUCUGCUUAACAGAGUGCUUGGACCAUUUCUUAGGGGGGUACCAUUUGAUUCGUGCCGCCUUGGCUGUGGCUGAUAUUAAGAAGAGCAGACAAGAAUGAUGACGGAAAACUGUCCUUUGAUGAAUUCAAAGCUUACUUUGCUGAUGGAGUUCUGAGUGGAGAAGAACUGCAUGAACUUUUUCACACCAUUGAUACACACAAUACUGAAAUAUUUUUCCCAGCACUUAGGAGAGUAUAAAAAUGUCCUAUCUGUCUUGGAAGACUUAAACAUAACUGUACUGAGAGCAAUGGACAAAACAAAGAAAGACUAUCAGGAAGCUUCUAAUUUGGAGCAGUUUGUGACUCGCUUUCUUUUGAAGGAAACACUGAACCAGCUUCAGUCCCUCCAGAGCAGCCUGGAGUGUGCCAUGGAAACCACAGAGGAGCAGACUCGGCAGGAGAGACAAGAUCCAGAAAAACCAGAAAUGCCCUCAAUUCAAUGGCCAGGAAAACGCUCAACUCGAAGGCUUCAGAGGAACAACAGCCUGUCACCAAAUAGCCCUCAUUUUAGCACAGGUUGGAUUGAGGAAGACAGCCAGUGGAUGACCCAGAUAAACAGACUCCAAAAACUGAUUGACAGGCUGGAAAAGAAGGACCUGAAGCUUGAGCCAUUUGAAGAGGAAGUUUUGGAAGAAAAUGCAAGAUCUCACAUAAUGAUUGUUCAACGUCAAAUGUCUGUGAUAGAAGGAGAAAUCAAGGAAUUCCAGCUUGCUCUGAAGCAGUACGUGGAAUCUGCUUCUACUCAGGGUGGCUGCUUGCACGUUUCCAUACAGAAGCUUCCAAGUGAUUCCCGCUUCAUUGUUUAUGAGUUCUGGGAGAACAGCAAUGUCUGGAAUAGCCACCUUCAAAUGAAUUACAGCAAGACAUUUCAAAGAAGUAACGUGGACUUCUUGGAAACUCCAGAGCUCAUCACUACAAUGCUAGUCCCUGCAUCGUGGUGGGUCCUCAAUAACAACUAGAAGCUGUGGUUCCAAGUAACGCUGAUGUUGCAUUGUUUUUAAUUACAUUCAGUAACAGAGCAGUGUACAUGUGUGCUGGGUUAUGAAUUUAUGAUGUAAUACUGUUUAUUAUGGAUGUGAUCUUCUCCACUUUAAAAUACAGAAAACUGCACAUUUAUUACCUUCUCUUCUUGUGACAAGUUCAGUGAAAUGAUGCAUUCUAAAAGCUGAAGUAAGACCAUUAUGGUUAACUGUUUAUUGUGUAUAUUCAGUCCAGACUGUCACAGAAAAGUGUGUCUUGAUUGGUAUUAUGACUAAAUAUUUGUGAAAAGUUUUAGUCUUACAUUAAUAAACAACUGUGACUUAAACUUAAUGCUGCCGU